AUGGAGAAUACUAACUGCAUUGUAUUUUGCAGUUUAGAAGAAGCAUAUGAGGCAUUAAGAACAUUCCAAAUUUUUGGAGUAGAAAAGAGCACUGAAAUAAGUCAUGCAACAUGUCCAGUUGUUGCAGAAAAACUUGGAUCAUCGUCUUUUAUAUCAAAGGACUUAUUCCUUGCACUAAGGGUCAAUAGCAUCUUGGGAUGCCAGAUUGAUGCCAGAACCUUUGAGGAUGUUGCAUCAAAACUUCAAGCUGUGAUAAAGAAUGCAAGUUCAUUAGUUGACUUUCACUAUGGUGUUGAAGGUUUGCUUCAUAUAAAGGAUCAAGGUAUUAGUGUUGCUUUGUCAGAUGCUGAUGGUACAUUUCAUUCCAUAAAGGCACUCAGUCAAAGUGAUGGAAGAUGGCGUUAUGAUUCCAAUAGUGCUGAAUCUAGUACUUAUGCUGCUGGGAUAGCACUUGAAACACUUGCUGGAGUUGUUUCAUUGGCAGAUAAAGAUGUGGAUCAAUCUAAGAUAGGAAUUGUAAAACAUGACAUUAUUAAGCUGUUUGAUAGCAUUAAAAGUUAUGAUGAUGGAACCUUGUACUUUGAUGAGAAGCAUGUUGAUGCUAGUGAAUAUAAGGGUCCUCUUGCAACUUCAGCUUCAGUAAUACGGGGUGUUACUGCAUUUGCAAAAGUUGCUUCUGGUAGGCUAAAUAUUCCAAGUGAUAAAAUGUUAGGCUUGGCAAAGUUCUUUCUGAGCAUAGGAAUUCCUGGCUGCACCAAAGACUUGUUCAACCAGAUAGAAUCCUUAUCACACUUGGAAGACAAUAGGGUCUCCAUUCCACUGAUUCUUUCACUUCCGUCUACAGUACUUUCAUUAACCACAAGGGACCAACUCAAGGUUGAGGUGACUACGGUGUUAGGCUCUGCAGCACCACCACUGACAGUGAGUCUGGUGCAAGCUUUUCGUUCUGAUUCAAAAGAUACCCCUGUUCUGGAAAACCAGGAGCUCCAGUUUGACUCAGAAAACACCAUCCAUUACUUGGAUAUCAUACCACUGAAAUUAGAUGCUGGAAAGUAUAAAUUAAUGUUCGAGAUCUCACUUCAUGAUCCUGAGAAUUUGAACACAUAUGCUACUGCAGGACGCACUAGUGUGAUGGCAUUUAUCACAGGAUCUAUCAACAUUGGCAAGGCAGAAAUUGGAAUUUUUGAUAGUGAUUCUGGGAAAUCCGAGGCAUUGCAAAAAUUAGAUUUAUCAAGAGACAGUGCACUCUCACUAGCAGCAAACCAUCUACAGAAGUUACACCUGUCUUUCCAGCUAACCACUCCUCUCGGGCACCAUUUUAAGCCACACCAGGUGCUCCUCAAACUGAGACAUGAAACCAAUGUUGAGCACAUCUUUGUAAUGGAGAGUUCUGCAAGACAGUUUAAAAUAGUUCUGGACUUCCUUAGUCUGGUGGAAAAAUUUUAUUAUCUCUCUGGAAAAUAUGAAAUUGAACUUACAGUUGGUGAUGCAGCAAUGGAGAAUUCUUUUCUGCGAGCCCUUGGUCAUAUUGAGUUAGAUUUACCUAAACCACCAGAAAAAGCAGCACGUCCUCCUCCACUUCCCGUUGACCCAUACUCAAGAUUUGGACCAAAACAAGAGAUAGCUCACAUCUUCCGGGAACCAGAGAGGAGACCGCCAAAGGAGCUUUCUCUUACAUUUUUGGCUCUUACUCUUCUACCUUUUGUAGGAUUUUUGAUCGGGCUGAUGCGCUUAGGAGUAAACCUGAAGAGCUUCCCUUCCUCGGUAGUACCAGCUUCAUUCUCCAUACUCUUUCAUGCUGGCAUUGCAGCUGUAUUGUUACUCUAUGUGCUUUUCUGGCUGAAGUUGGAUCUCUUCACUACUUUAAAGGUUCUCGGGUUCCUUGGAGUUUUUCUGGUCUUUGUGGGUCAUAGGACCCUUUCCCACCACGCUUCAGCAACAGCUAAGCUGAAGUCUUCUUAAGUGGAUUUUGAGAAUCUCCAGGGUUAUUUUAAUUUUGUAGGCUUUUCGAGCACUGGUAGACGAAGAGCAGGGAUUCCAUUUUUGUGCCAGGAGAAGCCUAGCAGUUUAUGCAUCUAACAUGGUUGUAAUUGUUCACAUUAGCAUAUACCACUGUGUCGAGUGAGAUGAGUUAUGGGAGAUGCUUUUUAUUAUGAGUAUUGACACCAAAUCAUUGCCAGCCUACCAGGAUCGGCUACGCUUGUUUAGAUGGAUAUCUAUGAGCUUUGCAAAAUAUCAACAAAGUGAAAUGCUCGCGUGAUUAGGAGAAAGACAAUCAUCUUUUUAUUGGGCUCAAAGUUUAGUUUGUCAUUAAUGCUCUUUAUAUUGAAAAUAUUGUAAGUUUACCAUCCAACUAGGUAAUGUGCGAGAAAAUGUGCAAUGGUGGUUUUGCGAA